CAGAGCAACGUCACCAUUGGUACCGCACGAUCAAAGCCAGGUUCGACAUUUGGGCGAGAGAUGGUUCGCAACGUCCUCAUCCCUCUUCUUGGGUAGCGUUCCAGGUAUCUAGCUAGAAUCAACUACCUGACAAAAGCAAGAAGAUCACAAAAGAAGUCUUGGCAAGGAUACCAGAAUUUAUCAAUUGCAGCAAAAAGUGAGUAUACUAAUAGCUGUCAUAGCAAUCGAACGUUCCAGGUAUCUAGAAUCAACUACCUGACAAAAGCAAGAAGAUCACAAAGGAAGUCUUGGCAAGGAUACCAGAACGAAUUUCAAGAAGAAGAAGCAAACAGAACCCUCAACGCGAAAAAGCCAAGCCAUGUUGCGUUGUUUGUCGCUGACCCUGCUGUUCCCAGUACUAGCAGUACUCCUGGGGGUAUCCUCGGCAGAAAUCAUUGACUUGACUUCCCAAGAAUUCUACGAAAUGGCCACAACCGGUCAAGUGGAUCUGAUGAUUGACGUUCGCACUCAAGCCGAAUGGAACACGGGACAUAUUGAGAAUGCUACUUUGAUGGACGCGCUGGCAUUGCAAUUGGCACAGAACCUGCGCACCGCUGAAGAUGUCCUGCGAAACUUUAGUCUGUGGGAAUGUCGGUUCUGCCGCGUUGUGGUCUAUUGCCGCUCUGGCGCUCGGGCCAGCAAUGCGCUGCAAUUGCUGGAAUUGGCCGGAUUUGAAGGACCCCUCUACAAUGGACAGGGUGUCAGUCAAUGGACGGCGGCGGGAUAUGAAUUGGUCACAACACCCUCGGUCGAAGAUCGAUAUUGUAUGGUCCCCAAUAUGGAAACCGCCGUUUUGCGACAAUCCUCCUCCAGAAGUGUUUGCCGCGCCAUGGCAAUCUAUGAACAACAUCAACGGGAAGUCGAUGCGGCACGCAAUUUGUUUCUGGCACAAAUGCAGUCUCAUAAUGCGACGGGAUAUUCCUAUCUACUCCAUGUCUAUGGAAAUUUUCCACCCGUGGGAUAUCCCUGGCUUGUCACCGUAGAGUUGCAGGAAAUGAUGAUGGGUAUGAAAGAUCCCAAUACCACAGCGCCCAUGGCCAUGAUUGUGGAUCCAUGGUAUGGCAUUAAGGGAGACACUGUCUUGGCGGCAGAGGCAACCGGUGAUUUGCCCACACCGAAUGCCAGUACGGACAUUUUGGCAGAAAUGGAAGACGGCAAUAACAUGGGAUGGCUCACUGUCUAUUCCAUUCUCGAUUUAUUCGACAAGAUUCAAGAUGGAAUUGAUCGUUUGGCGGAUGACAUUCAAGUGGUCUACAAUUUGGAGUGGGGAUAUCCCGAAGAUAUUUCCAUUGAUUAUGACCAACAAAUCGCUGAUGAAGAAUUCUAUGCUACAGCAUCCAAUUUCACGUUGGUGGAUAUGGAAUGGUAUACCAUGGAGAUCCACUACGAGCACAACAACGAUAUUGAUGCCACGGAUACCAUGGGCACUUCGUUCUUCGCGGCAGACAUUCAAAGUGAUCUCAACGACAACAAAGCUCAAUGGGAGGGACUUGGUUUGACCGAGUACUUUUUUGAAUACACAUGGAUUGAAGGAGGUGGAUUGUUGAUGGAAUUCCCCUGGAGUGUGCAUGUUCGAGACGAAGUCGUUGUAGAGGUGACCAAUGCCGCCGGACAAGACAUCACAAUCACAGAUCAAACGGGGGCGCUCCGAACCAUGGUGAACCUGUUUGACGCCGUUCAAGAUGGACUCGAUCGAAAUGCCUACAUGGUCGAUGUCAAGUUCGAUGGUACCUAUGGAUACCCAUCCGAUGUUUGGAUUGAUUACGAUUCUCAAAGGGCCGACGAGGAGCUAUCUGUGACGGUUUCCUACUUUAGCACCGAAGGGCUGCCCUAGUGUAGGCACCGUAGCCAGCUACCGGUAGCAGCCAUUCCGGCUGGACUGUGGGUGCGUGUUUGGUAGAUGUAACUACAUGUAGAAGUAUGCAUAGGAAGCAAAAUCCAUCAACAGGAGGAAUGGAGUCGCACUUGAUUUACCAUCCAUCCAUUCAGACACGGCACUGUAAACCAGCAAACCAGCUUCGUAGCUGUCAGGAGCUUGUCGCACCACCUAUCCAGCCGCGUUUCAAUAGCUCAAAUUACAGCAUUUCUGUUUUUUCAACUUGAACGCAACCCAUGCAUUGUAUAUGCGAGACUGUUAGGCUCCAAAGGCAUGUACCGUACAGGUAGGAUCUACUCGUGAUAGAAGACCAGUUUCGUCAAAUAAAACUCGCCACGAAUACCAAUGUCCCAGGAAAUGUGUCUCCUCGAGGCUGCCUUGGCCAGAGGAGAUUAUCCGAUGCAAAUGAAAUAAAUAUGCAAGGAUGCUUACUAUGGUUUUGACGAAGCACAACGCACAACUAUUUUCGUCUUCCCGGUAUGGUCUUUCCUGGAAGACCGCGUUUUGACUCCGCAACACGAUUGGUUUCAUUUUCAUCUUUGGGUACGAUGGCUUGGGGGAGUGCUCCCUGCCUGUGAACUGCCGUGUCGAAGCAAAAUUUGACUAUCUCCCCGUACUAGAAGUGCGAACUUGCUAGCAUCUAUUUACUGGCAAGUAAGAAAAGACGAAUGCAUCAUCAAUAGUAAAGCGUUCAUCGACCCCAACAAGCGAAACGACCGGUUGAAUUUGGGGGGAAAUUGUCGCCCAACGUGAACUGAAAACUCCCACAUUCAUAAUACUUAGUUUGUUAAUUGCUAAUUCUCAUACAUUGAAAGACUG